AUGUCGGGAGGUGCUAGUGACAAUGUCCUAUCCCUCACUACCGACGAGUUGAAAGAGAAGAUUGCCGAGGAAGUCGGAAGGGCAAUUGAAGUUAGCCUACCAAGAUUUAUGGAAAGGAUGCAAAACACCUUACUUUUGACUAUGGAGGAAAAGAUUGGUGAAUUAAGAGAAGACCUUACCAGUGAUAGAGGCAAGGCUAAAGAAAAGAAAGGUUGUUCUUACAACAAGUUUAUGGCGUGUAAACCCCCGAUCUUCAAUGGAGAGGUAGACCCAAUUGCUUGUCAAAGGUGGAUAAGCGAUAUAGAGGGUGUUUUCGAACGAACGCAUUGUGAUGAAAGCGAUUUUGUGGCUUAUGGAACUGGCCAACCUAAAGGCCAAGCCAAGGAUUGGUGGGACAACCUCAGGAAUGAAAGGGGUGUCGAAGCAACAAGGGCAAUGACUUGGGAGGAUUUUAAAACACCAUUCCUCAAACAUCAUAGCCCCAAGGCGGUAAUCAAUAAGAUAAAAGAAGAAUUCAUGCAAUUGAGGCAAAAGGGUGAAACCGUUGAUAAAAUUACGGGGAUAUUUUUGGAUAAGCUCAAGUUUUGUGAUGAGUUGGUUAAAACCGAAGAACAGAAAAUCUAUUACUAUCAUACCAUGCUGAGGGCUGAAUAUAGGGAGUUUAUGACUCCCUCACAUUACCAAAGCCUUACCGAUAUAAUCAAUGCAGCGCGGGAACGCGAGAUUGAACUAAAAAGGCAAGUUGAAAGAGGUGAGAGGAAGGCCUUGGAUGAAAACCCGAGUCCCACAAAGAAGUCUAAGGUAGCUGAAUCUUCGAAGAAAGGAAGUGCAAAAGGAGGUUCUCCGAGUUGCAAAAUAUGUGGAUGUGCUCAUAAAGGUGAAUGUUACUUUAAGAACAAACCUUGCGUUGCAUGUGGUAAGACGGGGCAUGGGGUUUUAAACUGCCCAGACAAAGUGACGGUGUGUUAUAAGUGCUAUCAGCCGGGUCAUAAAAAGUCAGAAUGUCCGGAACUAACGGGAAAGAAAGAGAGUGCUGACUCCAAAAAUGAAACCCCAAAAGCUAAGGCAAUGUCGUUCCAAAUCACCGCUGCUGAAGCGAAGAUGGAACCAGAUGUGGUUACAUGUAUAUUUAUUGUAAAUUCUGUCCUUGCACGUGUUUUGUUUGAUACGGGUGCGAAUAAGUCUUUUGUUUCUCAUAGAUUUAUCCAAAACCCUUUGUUUACAUUAACUAAAUUGCCUAUGCCAAUGGAAGUAGAAGUAGGUAAUACCAAAAGUUUCAUUGUUUGUGAUAUAUGUCGGGAAUGCAAACUGGACAUCGAUGGCGAGGAAUACUCUAUUGAUCUAAUACCCAUGUCCAUGGGUGAAUUUCAAGUGGUAGUCGGAAUGGACUGGUUGUCUCGGUACCACGCUAAGGUGAUAUGCUUACGUAAGGAGAUACACUUAACGUCUCCAAGCGGGAAGCGUGUCAUCAUCUACGGGGAGAAGGCUUGUAAUCCCAUGAUAUGUUCUAUGAUAGAAGCUCACAAGUUUAUACUACACGGGUGUAAGGCAUAUUUAACUUAUGUGCGUGAUGUGGAAAAAGAGACACCAAGAAUUGAAGACGAACCAGUGGUUUGUGAAUACAAAGACGUCUUUCCCGAGGAUCUUCCGUGA